AUGGUGGCAUCUCCAGAGCUCGUCACGCCAGGCCCCAGCGACACAGUAUCAAGGCAAAGUGAGAAGGAACUCGACCAGGAGGCACCUCUUCCAGCCACUUCUCCGAAUGAUAAAACUGCUUAUAAGUUCCCUGAAGGUGGCCUGAAAGGCUGGCUUUGCGUCCUUGGCAGCUUCAUGGGUCUACUCGCCAGUCUGGGCAUUGUCAACUCCCUGGGCUCAUUUCAGGCCUACUUGGAAACCCACCAACUGCAAGAAUAUGACUCUGGAAAAAUCGGCUGGAUCUUCAGCGUCUAUACUUGUCUAACUUUCUUUUGCGGUGUUCUGGUCGGUCCCAUCUUCGAUGCCCGAGGUCCUCGAUCAUUGGUUCUUCUCGGCUCUAUCUUGAUACUUGCGACAAUGGUCAGCCUUGGAUUUUGCGUCGAGUACUGGCAUUUCAUGCUAUCCUUUGGCAUAUGUGGAGGCUUGGGAACGUCGCUUGUCUUCACGCCUGCCAUAGCAGCUGUCAGUCACUUCUUCUUCGAGAAGAGAGGAAUCGCAACAGGAAUCGCAGCAGGAGGUGGUGCGGUAGGAGGUAUUAUUGUUCCUCUCACCCUCGAGAGUCUCUUUGGGAAGAUCGGCUUUGCCUGGGCAACGCGUGUUGUUGCUCUUGUAUGGCUAAUUUCCCUUGGUCUUGCUUGUGUCACAAUUACAUCUCACCUACCUACGAAGCCAUUUUCGAAAGAGAAUAUCCUUCCAGAUCUUCGAAUCUUUCACAAUAUUCCAUUUCUCAUGACGACGCUCGCCGUUUUCUUUGUGGAAUGGGGAAUCUUCAUUCCAAUCUCAUACAUCUCCUCAUACGCGCUGGCCCAUGAAGUACCGUCCAAGUUGUCAUAUCAGCUUCUUGCCAUCAUGAACGCUGGCUCAUUCUUCGGUCGCGUGCUUCCCGGUUACUUCGCUGACCGUUUGGGAAGAUUCAACGUCUUGAUCAUCACCGUUGCCCUCUGCCUUCUCUCCAACAUUUGCCUAUGGUUGCCAGCGUCGGGAAGCGUACCACUAUUAGUGAUAUACAGCUGUACUUUUGGCUUUUUCAGUGGCAGCGGUAUUAGUCUCACACCCGUCUGCAUCGGGCAGUUAUGUGCAACAGAACAUUAUGGAAGAUACUACGCGACUGCUUAUACAGUUGUGAGUCUUGGGUGA